AUGGAUCCUUUUGAAGUAAGGAUGCAGUUUAUACAAUUUCUUCGUCGACUAAAUGCCUCACAGCAGUCGAUACAAAAGGUCGUCAGCUAUGCGAUCAAAAACUUCGAGUGCAAAGACGACAUCUGGGACUGCAUUAUUGAAGAAACCCAAAAGGGGUCUAUCAACUCCCGAAUAAACAUCCUCUAUUUCCUCGACUCGCUCUGCGAGACAUGCCUUAUGGUCAAGUCCCAUUCGAAAUCCGAAAGCUCGCGAGCCGCAAGCGCGAACGGCCUAUACGUCGAAUUGGUGACCCGGGAUCUCAACCGAAUCAUUGAUUCCAUCGUCCCAGAGGGAAGACAAGGCCUCCCAAACCUCGUCAGCACAAAACAGAUCCUCGAAAACUGGCGCAGCAAACGCUACAUCGAUCCCCAAAAGAUCGAUGACGUUUUUUCGUCGCUGGAUUCCCGCCCAAAAAUCGCCUCGUCAAGCACAGCCGAAUCGUUAAAACGUCCAUUGUCCCCUCAGCAAACCCUGUCCCGGAAUGAAGUCAACAAGCGCAUUGAGCAGGACCGCGAACGCCAUAAACGACUGCGGGAGCGACGAUGGGUCCAGCCAAUAUCACGAAACCCCUCUUUUCAGCCUCCACAGCUGGCCUCGUUCUAUCCCCUCACGGAUGGGCCAGAGGAGGUUCCGAUUGAUAUUGAGUUUGAAAACGAGUGGGAGACGACAAGUGACUGGAACGAAGAUGACGAGGAUGCCAUUGCAGAGGAGGAUCAACUCGCAUUCGGGUCAAGUAGUAAAGAAGACAAUAAAAUCAGUUUUCUUAGUCGUCGAGGGGUGAAAGUCUAA